AUGAGGACACCCGAUGGCAAACCAUUGGUACUGAAGGUGUCGGUCUUGCGGGGGAGAAAUCUUGCUGCCAAAGACCGAGGAGGAACAAGCGACCCUUACCUGAUAGUUACACUCGGAGAAGCCAGACAAUCAACGCCCACCAUAUUCAAGACAUUAAACCCGGAAUGGAAUGUGACCUUCGAAAUGCCGGUUGUCGGCGUCCCGUUGCUGGAGUGCAUUUGCUGGGACCACGACAGGUUCGGCAAAGAUUACCUAGGGGAGUUUGACAUUGCAUUGGAAGACAUAUUUGCGGAUGGGGACGUUCAACAACAGCCAAAAUGGUACACACUCAAGUCGAACCGGAAGCCGAGCAAGAGGAAGGACAAUAACGUAUCCGGCGAAAUCCUCCUACAGUUCUCGCUAUCGGACCCUUCGAACCCGACCGCCUCACCCACGGAAAUAUACACGAGAUUCAAGACCUUGGUGUCUGCUGGAGAUGCUGGAGACGAAGACGACUAUUUCCCCUCAAUUUCAUCAUCAACAAUACUAGAGGAAUCUGGUGAGCAAGACGAGGAAACAUCGGAUGAGACGGACGACCCUACAAAACCAGAGGCGGUAGAGAAGCGCCGGAGGAGGCUACGCCUAAAGCGCUUGAAACGCAAGUCUCUCGCAGCGAGGGCGUACCAGUUUUCCGGCCUCGGAAAUGGCGUGCAGGGCAUCGUUUUCAUGGAGAUUGUCAAAGUCACUGAUCUUCCACCAGAACGAAAUGUGACCCGGACAUCGUUCGACAUGGAUCCAUUCGUUGUGACUUCGCUUGGUCGCAAGACUCUCAGAACCCCGGUUAUACGUCACAACCUGAACCCUGUCUACAACGAGAAGAUGGUCUUCCAAGUCAUGAAACAUGAGCAGUUAUACACCAUGAGCUUCACUGUUAUGGACAGAGACAAAUUCUCGGGAAACGAUUUUGUGGCUUCUGCGGGCUUUGCACUGCAAACCCUCAUACAAGCUGCCCCUGACACCGAUCCAGAGACGGGGCUUUACAUGUUUUCCGAAGAGGACAUGAGACCUCCAGUCAAGUCCGAUGUCAAGCUCAGUCCUGUCCCGUCGUCCUCCAAUCUGUCGAAGCAGAGUAAGCCCCUCGCGAGGUCAAGGAGCUCUACUACUUCUCUAUCAUUGCAAGCGCAACAGGAGCCUCAAAGCGUCCCCUCGUUGGUUCUUCCUGAUCAAAGCGCAAACAGUAGUGUUUCCGACGUCUCUACUGCCGCUAUUCCUGUUGCGCGUGAGUCGGAUGGUCUUCGGGUCUAUGAGAUUCCGUUGACGCUUAAAAACAAAGAAAGAUGGGAAGACAAGCACUUCCCAAGUAUUGUCGUCAAGGCAAAAUACAUGCCAUACCGAGCACUACGACAGCAAUUUUGGAGAUUAAUGCUAAGGCAAUACGACGCUGAUGACAGCGGUAACAUCGACAAGGUCGAGCUGACGACGAUGCUCGACACCCUUGGUUCGACACUGAAGGAGUCGACUAUUGACAGCUUCUUCGAGCGCUUUCGCGAUGAAAAUAACGCAAGCGAUCCUACCUGCUUAUCGUUCGAUCAAGUUGUAAUGUGUCUGGAGGACACGCUCCAGUCGCUGCAGAAAGAUCCGCGAACAAUGGGCAAGAAACUCAGCCCCGCUACAUCAACGGCUAGUCUAGAAAGUGACAGCGACGAGCUUAAUGUUGAAAGUAGCUUGACUUUACCAACUAAUGUUGAUGCCCAAGCCACUUCGGUUCCGACGAUGACAACUGAGCAGCCUGACGAAGACCUUCAUCCGGACGACUUGGGUGACGAACGUGGCGAAGAACACGUUAUUGAGCUUCGCGAAUGCCCUCUUUGUCACCAACCGCGGCUGGGUAAACGGUCCGAUGCUGAUAUCAUCACGCACAUCGCAACGUGUGCAAGUCAGGAUUGGCGGCAAGUGGACAACCUUGUCAUGGGUGGCUUUGUGACUUCAAGUCAGGCGCAACGCAAGUGGUAUAGUAAGGUUAUCACCAAGAUCUCGUACGGUGGCUACAAGCUCGGUGCGAAUUCCGCCAAUAUUCUUGUCCAGGACCGCAUUACAGGACAAAUCAACGAGGAACGGAUGAGUGUCUAUGUUCGGUUAGGAAUCCGGCUUCUAUACAAGGGUCUCAAGAGUCGGGACAUGGAGAAAAAGCGAAUCCGCAAAAUUCUCAAAUCCCUCAGCGUCAAGCAAGGCAAGAAAUACGACGACCCAGCCUCCGCAGCUCAGAUCCGAGAUUUCAUCAAUUUCCAUCAGCUAGACAUGUCGGAGGUUCUACUACCAUUAGAUAAGUUUAAGAACUUCAAUGAGUUCUUCUAUCGCGCAUUAAAACCAGGCGCCAGACCUUGUUCUGCGCCAAACGAACCUGGCAUUGUUGUUUCCCCGGCCGACUGCCGUACGGUGGUGUUUGACCGCAUCACGGAGGCGACCAGUGUCUGGGUCAAAGGGCGGGAAUUCUCUAUCAAGAGACUCCUCGGUGAUGCUUACCCUGAAGAUGUUUCACGAUACCAGAACGGUGCACUAGGAGUUUUCCGCCUUGCGCCUCAGGAUUAUCAUCGGUUCCAUAUUCCCGUCGACGGCGUGAUGGGUACACCGAAGACCAUUGAGGGCGAGUACUACACGGUGAACCCGAUGGCUAUUCGCUCCGCACUCGAUGUGUAUGGCGAGAAUGUACGAAUUUUAGUACCGAUCGACUCCGUGAAGCAUGGCCGAGUUAUGGUUGUCUGCGUUGGUGCAAUGAUGGUCGGAAGCACGGUCAUCACGCGACAGGCCGGUGAAAAGGUCUCAAGGGCCGAGGAGCUCGGAUACUUCAAAUUUGGCGGAAGUACUCUUCUGCUCCUCUUCGAGGAAGGAAAGAUCAACUUCGACAGUGACCUCGUGGAUAACUCUAGGGGCGCUCUGGAAACUUUGGUCCGAGUUGGUAUGUCUGUGGGCCAUAGUCCUGACAUCCCGCAAUUCGAGCCCGAUCUUCCUAAGAAGCCAGAGGAUGUCAGUCUCGAGGAAAUGCAGGCCGCCAAGCGCAGAAUUGAAGGCAGCUUAGCUCCACCGACCCAUGCCUCGGCGCUGCAGUAG